GAGCAGCAUUGAAGACUGCAUUGAAAAUUAUCUGAACCCUCCUAUGUUAACAUAUUUCUGUAGACACAUUUGCGUUCAUAAAAGUAUUUUUUUCUCUACGUCCACAUAUACAAACAAUACAUACACUCCUAAACAUAAGAUGGCGAUGUCCCGUUAACAUGCCUUACCCACAUCCACAUGGUCACAAUAGAAGAAGUAGUCGAACGUCCACCAUUUUUGUACGAGAGUGAAAGUUGGCUGUGGUAACAACAACAAUUUCCUUGCUUUUUGUUUUGAAUAUAGGAAAUUAUCGUGAAGACUGAAGAAUAAACUGUCCAUUGAUGGCGUCGUGGGUGAAGGUGGCGGGAGGAAGGCGACCUCCACCAAGCCCCAAUGGCGGCAAAGUGAGUGGUGCCCUACCCCGCUCCUUUAGACGGGCGCCAUACCCACUCAGGGAGGACAGGAACGAGGAACCUAAAGACAGAGAAGGCUUUGAGCCCCGGUAUGACGACCUGAAUCAGGAGGGUGACUACUCAGGAGACACUAAUUAUGAGGGCUAUGAACAACAUCCACACAGUGGUUUCUUCAAAAGACAAAGUUUUGGACAAAAGUCUGCCUUUGAUCUCGCAGCUCCCUCACCUAAGAGGUACCAUCCUGGGGAGAAGCGUCAUGCCCUCUACAGGUGGUUUUACAAAAUCCUGGAGGGCGGCGGCGGCGGCAAGAAGUCGGCAGACUGCGUGGUGCUGGCGGUGAACACUCAGAACCCGGACUAUGCGAAAUCGCUAGGCCUGAGCUUGCAAGAGCGCGGCCUCUCGGUGGAAAUGAUUUGUCUCCAGGCGGAGUCCGGUCUGACCCGGGCGCUGCAGGACAUCCGCUCCGACGGCUCCCCCUUAUGUAUACUCGUCGAGCAGACUAACGUAACUCUGUCCUCGUGCACAGUAAUCAUAUUUUCAGAGUCCCUCAAAAUUCACCGCAACAUGCCCCGGGACCAGGCGCUGGACUUUGUGCUUGUGGAGUUCGGGCGCGUGCGGGACAGUCUGCCAUGCCGCGACCCCGGGGAGCUGGCGGUGCGGGCGGCCGAGCUGGCGGACGACUACCUGGCGCGUGAGAAGCUGCAGAGGCACGCGGUGCCCGCCGACACGCGCCACCUGCUCCUGCUGCUGGCGGAGGGCGUGCACCUGUACCCCGAGGAGCUGGACACACUCAGCCACUUCCUGCACAGCCGCCAGGAACACCUGCAAGAGGCUGACGCAGUGCCUCCGCUCAGGAACAGUCUUCCCCCUGGCAUGGGCUCGCCGCCCCCCCUGCUACCCACGCCAAAUAUCUCUGGCCCCACCGGGAGGGAUCGACCGGGCCCCCCUCCCCCUUCAGGUAUGGGGGAGCACUCCCCUGGCUCCAUCAUGGGUAUGCCAGGAACGUACCCCAAAAGCAAACCGCCUCCGCUGCUCUCCAUGGACAGCGCUCCAGCCCCCCCACACAGGCCUCCCGGUCCUCACGGCCCCCCUCCGCGAGGCGGCCCCCACGGCCCCCGAGGUUUCCCACCCUCCCGGGGGCCCAUGGGUCAUCACGGCCCCCACCCUCCCAGAGGCCCCCUCAUGAACCGAGGGCCCCCACCGCAGAAUGGCCCCCCUCAAGGACCACCGUCACACGCUCACGGCCCACGCGCCCCCCCACCCUCCCUCAUUGCCCACCAUCCACCAGGCCUCUUGCCCUCCCCAGGGCCCCCUCCGUCUCGUCCACCCAUGCCACGACACUAGGAUCACACCAGCUCUCCACUUCCCCUUCCCCGUCCUGACCUCUUAAGGAUUACUGUUUAGGACAUUGUAGCCAGAACUAGCUGUCUUAAUCUGGAAGAUGUUUUUUUCGUUCGUUUGUUUACAGUCUGUUCCUCUGACAUAUUUUUGUAUAUUUUGUUUGUCCUGUGGGCUAAGAUGAUGUUCAGAUGAUUUGUGUUUAAGAACUGAUGAAGUUUGUUUUUAAAUAAAUCCGUUCUGGUUAAAGAA